GCUCGCUCGCUCUGCCACCCUCUCGCGCUCGCCGUCUCACUCCGGUUCGCGAUAAGACGACGACAGGAGCAAGGCAGAGCAGGGCGCGCGCGCAGCGAAAGAACAUCCGACGGAGGUCGGAGGAAGAAGGAAGGAAGGCAGGCGAGCGUGUGAGAUCAGCUGGUUCGUGGCCCGCGGCGAGAGACUACGGUACAGCUCAUUGGCCACCAUGUUCUCGCUUCAGAGGAGCCUUUUGUCAUGUGGAAGAAAUGGUUGUGGAUCAAAUACUAGUGUAUGGACAAGAACAUUAUCACCAAAUCAUCUAAUGGUGUACAAAGACAUUCAGCAACGCGACAUUCACGAAUUCCAGGGUGAUGUUAUACCUAUCAACAUGGUCAAGGGUAUCGGCCACCUACGAGAUCCCCGCCUCAACAAGGGACUAGCCUUUACGCUAGAAGAAAGAAUGGCACUGGGAAUCCAUGGUCUCCAACCACCAAGAUUUAAAACACAAGAAGAACAACUUGCUCUAUGUAAGGCUUCCGUAUUAAAGUAUACAGAAGAUUUAAAUCGUUAUCUAUAUCUUGUUGAACUUCAGGAACGAAAUGAACGAUUAUUCUUUAGAUUACUAAAAGAAAACAUUGAACAAAUGAUGCCCAUCGUGUAUACUCCAACUGUAGGUCUCGCCUGCCAAAAAUUCGGUGUAAUAUAUCGAAGACCGCGUGGAUUGUUCAUAACGAUUUAUGACAAAGGUCAUAUUUAUGACAUUCUUAAUAAUUGGCCAGAGCAAGCGGUACGAGCCAUUUGCGUAACUGACGGUGAACGCAUUCUCGGACUCGGUGACCUCGGCGCCUGCGGAAUGGGCAUACCCGUGGGAAAACUUGCUCUGUAUACAGCUCUAGCAGGCAUCAAACCUCACCAGUGCCUACCAAUCACCAUCGAUGUGGGUACAAAUAACGAGCAGCUGCGCAACGAUCCGCACUACAUUGGCCUGAACAAGCCCCGCACCGUUGGUGCCGAGUACGACGAACUACUCGAUGAAUUCAUGUCCGCAUGCGUUAAGAAAUAUGGUCAAAACGUCCUAAUACAGUUCGAGGACUUUGGCAAUCAUAAUGCUUUUCGGUUUCUGGAUAAAUAUAGGAACAAGUACUGCACUUUCAACGACGACAUACAAGGUACUGCCGCUGUAGCGGUCGCUGGUAUACUCGCCUCCCAAAGGAUCACCCAAAAGCCUAUGAAAGACAAUAAAUUCGUCUUUCUCGGAGCAGGAGAAGCAGCAAUCGGAAUCGCUGAUCUGUGCGUUAAAGCUCUGGAAGUUAGCGGAUGUUCCAAAGAAGAAGCACGCAAUAAUAUUUGGAUGUUAGACAUUGACGGUCUACUGACCACCACUCGUAAAGUAGGUGAUUUGGAUGGGCAUAAGAAAUUUUACGCCAAGAAUCACGAACCCAUGCAGAAACUUAUUGAUGUUGUUAGAGAAGUCAAACCUUCAAUCCUCAUUGGCGCUUCAGCAGCAGCUAACACAUUCACCCCGGAGGUUUUGCAAGAGAUGGCUAAAAAUAAUGAAAGGCCAUUAAUCUUCGCACUGAGUAAUCCAACAAGUAAAGCAGAAUGCACUGCACAAGCAGCGUAUGAACACACGCAGGGUAGAUGCAUAUUCUCAUCUGGUUCGCCAUUCGGUGAAAUUAAUUAUAAUGGAAAAAUCUUUAAACCAGGACAAGGUAAUAAUGCCUAUAUAUUCCCAGGAAUUGCUCUGGGUGUCAUUGCAACAGGUUGUCAUCAUAUUACCGAAGAUAUGUUUUUGCUGUCUGCUCAAGAAGUUGCGAAUUAUGUGUCUAAUGAAGACUUAGAAAGGGGAAGUGUAUAUCCGCCUCUAGGAUGCAUUCAAGAUUGUUCGAUUAAUAUAGCAUGUAAAAUUGCUGAAUACGCCUACAGAUAUGGUAAUUUGUCUAGUGAAUAUCCAGAGCCAAAAGAUAAACGAGCAUUCAUUAUCAGUAAGAUGUAUGAUUGUAAUUAUGACAGUCCUUUGGCUUGUGUGUAUUCAUGGCCAAAAGACUUUUGUAAUCCACGUACUUUACCAGAAAACUUGUAACGAGUUGAUGAUAUCCUUAUACACGGCAAGAUGAAUAAUUUGCUCUAAAUAAAAUAAAAAAUGCAUAUACUUAGCAGGAAUUUGUUCACGUACUACGCAAUUUGACGAUUCUAAAUCUGACUUAGUGAUUACAAUUACAUUUUUGUCAAGCAAUUAUAUUGCAAUAGUAAUCAUCCUAUUCACACAUAACUCCUGACUAUAUAAUGAAUUUUCAAUGUAACUAUAUCAAGAUUGAACAAAAAAGUUCACUAGUUAAAUCGUUGAAUUAUUAUUAACUAUUGUACUUAUCUAAAAUUGAAGCGCGAUAUU